GGAGUUGUCCCCACGCGCUUUACGAACAACCGACCUGUCCAAACAGUGCGCGCGUGGCAGAGGAUGUCACACCAACCAAAACAGCGGACAAACGCUCACAGCACAGUCUUUGGAGGAAAAUUCGCCGUACAGGGUAGAGUCGGGGCGGGGCGUAAUUACACGGAGUCCCGUCUAUUUAGGGUCAAGUACAACAUUUUUACAGUCCUAACCAGCGUGGGUUCAAAGUUUGUUUUGUGUCCGGAAACUGCGAAUCACCCACCGGGGGCGGAGGUAGUGCUUUCAGAUUCGACCGAUAUUUUUGAUUUAUUUGUCUUUAGUUAAUCCAUAGACUCGCGAGAUGGGAUGGAUUGCAAAUCUGCAAUAGCCAGCGUAAUUCGUUAGCAUCUCAUUGACUAGCUCCUCCAGAGGCUCGAUCGCGAAUACGGGGCUGCGGUGCGACUGGACGCGGAGCAAGGCGACCCUCUGCGGGCUGCGCUGCCGAGGCGGUGGGCGUGUUUUCUCGGCGUGCUAGCAUGUGAGCUGGCGCCAAGUUCUCGGUGUGAAAAAAAAACAAGAUUUACAAGUUACGGGCUAGAGUGAAGCAGCAAAAGUCACAUCACGCUUGAUCGGAAAAGUUGCACGCAGUGAUGGAGUCAGCCGUUAGUACAUCCACUCAAGUGCCAGAUGAGUUUGACCGUAAUGUUCCACGGAUCUGUGGUGUGUGUGGAGACAAAGCCACUGGCUUUCACUUCAAUGCGAUGACCUGCGAGGGAUGCAAAGGCUUCUUCAGGCGCAGUAUGAAGCGGAAGGCCAGUUUUACCUGUCCUUUUAAUGGAAGCUGCACCAUCACUAAAGAUAACCGUCGCCACUGCCAGGCCUGCAGACUCAAGCGUUGCCUGGAUAUUGGCAUGAUGAAAGAGUUUAUCCUGACGGAUGAAGAGGUUCAGAGGAAAAAGGAUCUGAUCCAGAGGAGAAAGGAUGAGGAGGCACAGAGGGAGGCGCAGAAGCCCCGGCUCUCAGAUGAGCAGCGCAACAUCAUUGACACGCUUGUGGAAGCGCAUCACAAAACCUUUGACGAUUCCUACUCUGACUUCUCACGUUUCAGACCUCCAGUUAGAGAGGGUCCAGUUACACGUAGUGCCAGCCGAGCCGCGUCUCUUCAUUCACUAUCAGACGCCUCCUCAGACUCCUUCAGCCACUCUCCAGAGUCAGGAGAUCGUAAGAUGAAUCUGAGUAAUCUGUUGAUGAUGUAUCAGGAGCAGGGUUUGAGCUCCAGUCCGGACUCAAAGGAGGAUGAGGGCUCCGGUCUUUCCAUGCUCCCUCACCUGGCUGACCUGGUUUCCUACAGCAUUCAAAAAGUCAUCGGCUUUGCUAAGAUGAUUCCUGGAUUCAGAGAGCUGACAGCUGAAGAUCAGAUUGCUUUGCUGAAGUCCAGUGCUAUAGAAGUGAUCAUGCUAAGGUCUAACCAGUCUUUCAGUCUAGAGGACAUGAGUUGGAGCUGUGGAGGACCAGAUUUUAAAUACUGCGUCAAUGAUGUGACAAAAGCUGGACACACUCUGGAGCUGUUGGAGCCUCUGGUGAAGUUUCAGGUGGGCUUAAAAAAGCUCAAUCUACAUGAGGAGGAACAUGUGCUGCUGAUGGCUAUUUGUCUGCUGUCUCCAGACCGUCCCGGGGUGCAGGACCACGUGCGAGUGGAAGCGUUGCAGGACAGGUUAUCUGAGGUCCUGCAGGCGUACAUCCUCGCGCAUCACCCUGGGGGCCGUCUGCUCUAUGCUAAGAUGAUCCAGAAGCUGGCGGACCUCCGUAGCCUGAACGAAGAGCACUCCAAGCAGUACCGCUCCCUUUCUUUCCAGCCCGAACACAGCAUGCAGCUGACCCCUCUGGUGUUGGAAGUGUUCGGAGGACAGGUCACCUAGUUACUUCACCCGAGUCAGAUCCAAGAUGUGCGGGUUAAACGGUGUGACCCGAAGAGGUGUGGAGUGAAUGUACGGACAAUCACCUUAAAAUGCAUACAGAGUUUCCAGGACGAAGUUUGUGAGUGAUGUAUGUGUUUGUGUGUGUAUCCCUCAUCAUUUUCAGAUCAGCUAAGGGAGUGCCAUAGAUGUUUCCUCUUGUUUGUUGUAUGUAAGGAGUACAUUCUUACAAGAAUGUAAUAUGGUCAUGGUGUUUUUCACUGUGGCAACUCAAUACAGUAAUAUUUUACUGUAUUAUCAAUAGCCAACAGUAUUACACUGCAUGUGUAGGAUGAGUGUGUGGGUGUGCGGUCCUGUUCUAAACCUCUGCAUGGUCCCCAAAGCGCUGUCCACUACUGCUGAUGUCCUGUCUCUUCACCUCCUGCCUUUAAAUGCACAGGGUUAAAAAUACUAAUGCAAGCACACUGCUCACCCAACUCACUCCUCGCCUAGCCACUUAACCAAUUAAACGGCAGCUCCGCCCCCUUCCUCUGCCUCCAGAGCUCUGAUAGGUUGCUACACAAUGGCUGUCUUCUCUAAUGUUUGCCUCUGCUGUGAUUGGCCUAUUAUCUGACGCCUCUGCAAAGUGGUUAGGGCAGCAUUAGCGCUUGCCACACAGCUAACCUGUAAAUAGGUCUUGGUAUCUAUAUUCAUACCUUUUUCGAUUAGUGUAAAUAGAGUUUAAUAUAAGCGCUUCUUGUGGCUUAUGGUAGAAUCUAGCAGAGAGAGACCCUGCAGCCCUGGCUGGCUAUAAUCAAUAUGUAAAGACUACAAUCUAACUGUGCGUUUAUACAAACACACAGGAAUUGGAACCAUGAAUUAUGGGUUUGUUUUUUUUUAACUGAGAGCUUUACCUCUGAUCUUUACAUCGUUGUGAAGUCACAACUGUAAAUCCUAUAGGUUACUUAUUUCUCAGCUCUUGCAUUCCAUCAUUAAUUUUUUCUUUAAUAUUUUUUUUCAGAUUAAUCCAACUAAUUGCAUUUUUCCCUAACAAAGCUUUAACCUUCUUCAUUAGUCAUCACAUUUGUUUUUCCACAUGAAAUCCUCAAUAUCCUGAAUGCUUUUUAUCAUGAUCCCCCCCCCUUUUCAAUUUAUAGUACGUUUCACAAGUUACAAAGCUAUAAUAAAAAAAAGUUCUAGGUUCUCAUAUUUCAAGCCAAAAGAAAAAAAAAUCCCCCCCAAAUGUAAUUUUAAUUACUGUAAUAUGAAAAUUAA